ACUCAAGUAAGUCGAAUUUAAAAACUCCAGGCUCACUGUGCGUCUUAAUGUAAAAUGGAAAGAUAUUUAGCUUUAUCAUAUUACUAUGUGGGAGCUUUAAAAUAACGCAGGCUUCACAAAAAUAUGCGUUAAAAGAAAUCAAUAAUACAUUUAUGUCCGUAUUUCAAACAUAUCACAAAAAUAUGAGCUCUUCAAAUGAACUUUUCCACUGGGAGGACUACAGCGUGUUAUCGGCUAUGUUACUGACAUCGUGUGCUAUCGGCGUAUUUUACGGAUACUUUGGAGAAAAACAAACAACAGGUGAUGACUUUUUAUUAGGCGGGUCAUCGAUGGGGACAUUGCCCACUGCUCUAAGUCUCGCUGCAAGUUUUAUAACAGCAAUAGAAUUACUGGGAAACCCGGCCGAAAUGUACAUGGCCGGUGCACAGUUUUGGAUGAUAUGUAUAGCAUUUGUAUGUGUUGUGCCUAUUGCGAGCAAUUUAUAUCUGCCAGUCUUUAUGAGGCUUAGGUUAACGUCGUGUUAUGAAUAUUUGGAAAUACGUUUCUGCAAAUCACUAAGAGUGUAUGCCAGUGCACUGUACAUAAUGCAAAUGAUAUUAUACACGGCGGUGGCCGUGUAUGCGCCGGCGCUUGCGCUAUCUGAUGUGACGGGUUUAAACACUUAUUUAGCAGUAUCUGUAGUAUACGUCGUAUGCAUUUUCUAUGCUUCACAGGGAGGAAUGAAAGCUGUAAUAAUGACAGACACGUUUCAGUCGGCAGUGCUAGUCGGUUCCUUGGCCGUAAUUUUAGCAAUGGGCAUUUCAAAUAUUGGCGGAAUGGAUAACGUCUGGGAACACGCUUGGAACACCAAUCGCCUCCAUUUCUUUGACAUGAGCUUUGACCCAACCAUACGACACUCGUUCUGGUCAGUUGUUAUCGGGGGUACGAUGUACUGGACCAGUAUGUUCUGCGCCAAUCAAGCCUCUGUGCAAAAAUACUUGGCGGUAGAGCAAAUAUGGCAAGUACGCGUAGCGCUUUGGAUGUCGGCGUUUAGCCUUAUCGCAGUAUAUUCAGUCAAUUUCAUCACUGGGGCCGUCCUUGCGGUCUACUACGCGGAUUGUGAUCCAAUUCAGGCUGGUACGAUCAACGCCGCCGACCGACUUCUGCCGUUGUACGUGAUGCAACAAUUGGGUGGAAUACACGGCGUUCCGGGAUUUUUCGUUGCGGGUAUCUUUGCUGCAAGCCUUGGGACGGUAGCAUCAGCUUUAAAUUCUCUAGCUGCGAUUGCAUGUGAAGAUUUCGUCACAGGGCUAUUUAACAUAACACUGCCAGAGAAUAAAGGAGCUUUUAUUGCUCGAUGGGUCUGCGUGGUGUGCGGCGUGGUUUCAUUCAUAUUGGUGUUCGCUGUAGAGCGGCUGGGGCCGGUAUUACAAUUGGCGCUUUCAUUUAAUGGCAUGACCGGGGGUGUGUCACUGGGACUUUUUUCUCUGGGCAUGCUGUUUCCGUGGGCGAAUGCUAAGGGAGCCAUCGCAGGCGGCAUAUUUGGGUUGCUAUUGGUGAUUGUCGCUGGAGGAGGAGCACAGCUUUCCCAGAUGCCAGCCCCCGAGUGCCGUUUUCCCACGGAAGGCUGUGACGCAUCGUUCAACUUAACAAUCACAGCUGAUACCUAUGAACAAUCUGAAGAGUAUCUAUUCUGGUUAUUCAGAGUAUCAUACUUAUGGUAUUCAGGAUUGGGCUUCAUUGCAACUAUAUUGAUUGGUUUAUUAGUAUCAAUAGCAACAGGCACAACCGAUCCCACGACUGUGCCAAUUGAUUUAAUAUCUCCACCUAUUGUGACGCUGCUAAACUCAUUACCUGUUAAACUGAAGAAAAAGUUGCAGAUACCGCCACGACUAGGUCUAGAACGACGACGAAGCUCCAGCGUCCGCCCUCCCAGUGUCGCAGAUGAUANAUGA